ACAAUAUGAUACAUUUGAGAUUAAAAGAUACAUAUCAGGUACUUGGAUGCAUUCUUAGCCUCAAGAGAGUAAUCUAAGUCACAAGGUAGGUCAUUCCCAAAUUCAUUAGCAUAGAGGGGAAGGUGGCUUAUUGUUAAGAUGCUAUGAGUUGCUUUACUUUAGACAUGAGUUGCAAUAUUUAUUAACUUAUCUAAAUUUUGUGCACACAUAUUUUACAUAGUAUAUGUCGUACUUAACAUAUUUUUAGCCAUUUUACAGUAUGCGUAAAAAACAUACGCUUUGAUUCUACACUUUGAUUCUACGCUUUACGAUUUUACUGCUUUUCCGCUUCUAGGUAGAAUCCUGCUUAUGACUGCAUUGCUCAUACCUACCCCCACUAAGUUGGGUCAGGUCUGGUAAUACUCGCAUGGGUACGAAGUGGGACGGCUCGACCCAUUCAUAUAUAUUAUUUGGAAAAAUCGACAUUUAACACUUUUAGAAGAAUUCAUAGUGAAAACACUUCGUAAAUGAAUGACAAAUAUAAUAGAAGGAAUAAUUGAGUCUAAAGAGUUGAGAAAUAGGGUCUUAAACUUUUUUUGGAAUGAAAAUAUUUUUUUAAAGAUCCCAGAAGAAAAGAAAUUCAUGUAGAUAUUGAUACAAAUCAUGAUAGAAUAAGUCAAUAAUAGUGUGGGGCAAGUCAAAAGCAAUAUUCAUGGCCACCUCACACUACUGUAAGUUGGAUAGUGAUCGUUUCAAAUAGGUCGGAAAUUGUCAAUCACUGUCUUAACGGUAUGUGUUGUUAAUGUCCUUCCUUCAACAUGGUUUCAACCCGUGACCGAAGAAACCCCUGAAUGUACAACGGAUUGUUCGUCGAGAUUUGUUGGCAAUACACAUUUGUCACAAGACCAUGCAAUUUUGUGCCAUUUUCCGCAUCUGAAACAUUUAAUGUCAUUUAGGUCUCGAUAAAAUGAAAGGUCGCCUCUUGUUAUGGUAUUUGGCAAAAUCUUAUUGGAGGUCUUACUGGAAAUGUCAGCAGUUUGAUAUUUAUGCUGAAAUCGUGAUUCAAUCAUUUCAUAACGUUAAAUACCGCCUCCCCAUUUCGCUUCCAAUUAAAUAAAAAUCUGAUCGAACCACCGAUAUGAUACGAUUUUUCAAUUCUUUCCCAAUCCAUUCCACCACGGCACCACCCACACGACAUGAUUUAAUUAGGCCUUUAGUCAGGUAUCUCAUAACUUGCAGAAAAAGGCAACCGACCUCUUCCUUGGCUUUAAUUUUCUCCGCCUGGAAGCAACCUCCUAGUUUCCAUCGUGGACCAUACUAUUUUCCAAGGGAAAAUUAAGUACAAAUACUCUCUGCAAACACGAACCCAAACAGAAACAUAUUUCUUUAAUACCAAAACGAAUUAAAGCUACCCUCCCUCUAGAGUAGUUCACCAACGAAUCCGUUAAAAAAUAUAAAGUAGGCCAGAGUUGGUGACCCAUAAUUGGCUCUGCUCCUCUGCUUUUUCCCCAUUGCCAAAAAGUCUUCACCUGAGAAUUCCUUUUAUAAACCCAGUCCUGCUCCACCAAAAUUCCCCAACAAAACACACAACAUCCUCACUUUCAGGGCAGAAGAAGACCCAAAAAUCUGUUAUUACCAACCAACCAAUAUCAUCAUGGCGGGGAACAGGAUGAUGAGCUUGAAGGCUCUGGCCGUGUGCCUCGCCGUUGCCGGGACGACUCUGUUUUCGCUGCAGGGAGCUAUGGCGCAAUCGAGCAGCUGCACCAACACUCUAGUGAGCCUCUCGCCUUGCCUCGAUUUCAUCACCGGAAACGCCACGAAGCCGACGAAAUCCUGCUGCACCCAGCUCGGCAACGUCGUCAGCUCCCAGCCGCAAUGCCUCUGCCAGGUCAUCGGCGGCGGCGGCAGCAAUUCCCUCGGGAUCAACAUCAACCAGACCCAAGCUCUUGCCCUUCCCGCCCAGUGUAACGUCCAGACACCUCCCGCCAGCCGCUGCAGUAACGCGGCGUCGCCGUCGGGAUCACCGAACGCGCCGACAGGGACCGGUGGAGGAUCGGGUACGUCAACAGAUGGGACAUCGUCGUCGGAUGGGAACAAUGCGAAGCUGACUUUGACUCUGCUUUUCGUGGGGAUCUUCCUUGCUUCCUACUCUUCCGUUUUCCCCGCCACCGCUGCGGUGUGAAUUUGAUUCUUCCGCAUCGUAUGAUUUGGUUGUGAGGAAUUUUUUUUUAGAUUCUUUCUACAGGGAAUAACUAUCUUUUACUUUGGUGUGAAACUUGAUUCUUCUGCAUCGUGUGAUAUUCUAUUGUAUUAUACCAUUCUUGUCCACGUUCCUUGUUCAUUGUUUGUACGCCCUUAUUAUUAUGUUAUAAUAAAAAGCAGUGAUGCGGAUUUUUUUUUGCAUUUUCGGGAAUGGAAAUCAAGUAAUGAACGCCGUGUAUCGCGUCAUAUGAUGAUCUGUUUGUGCAUUGAAUUUUUAGUAGUGAUUUGGAUGAGUUAAAGUUGAAAUAUGGUAAAAUGUCCAAAUGAGUGAAAGUGCUUGUCUAUGGAUACAUAUUUUGAGACGAGCAACUUUACUUUUGACUUUUCAACAAUGAAAUUUGUAAUCUCUUUGCGGGAAAAUAGAGGUUACAUAAUUGAUAAAUUUUUCGAUUAAAAUUUAAAAUAUGUAUAAGUCAACUGCAAGGGUGGAUGAAACCGGCCCAACCUAUCCCGUGAGCUUGUUGGCAUGGAAUUGUCGAGAAUUAGCCUUCACCUUGACAAUACCUAUACUCUACUGAGCUAUUUCUCGUUUUUCAUCGUUUCUAGUAUUUCUUAGCGAAACUAAAAGGGAUGACGACUUUGUUCUUUCUAAAUUCCAUCGUCUGGGGUUAUUUAGAAGUUCGAACUAAUAGCUCAACGAGUGAAGGUAGCGAUAUUGUGGUGGCUUCGUCUUUGAAUGUGUCAUGUACAGGUCACGUGCUUUCCUCCUUUCUUUGCUUCUUAGAAUGCUAGCACCAAGGUAAGGGUGCUUUGUUGUCAUGUUUAUUCAUCUAAACUGUGAUGUACAUAUUUGUCAUUCCCAAAUCAAUGAAAUAUUAUCGUUGGUCUUGUCAAGUGUUCUCCACUGUUUGUGUUGGGGGGACUUAAAUUGAAAACUGAAUUUGUCGGAGAAGGAGGGUGGUCGACCACCUUCCUUCUCAGUUAUGGAUCAAUUGAAUGUACUUUUGAAUGCUACAAGGUUGCAUGAUUUGGGGUUUCAUGCAUUUGUCAAAAGCGGUGAUGCUAUGACCGUUUUGGACAAAAAUGGUGAUUAUAAUCAUUGUCUUCGUCAUCGACAAUGAUGUUGAAACUGCUGUACUUUGGGAAAUAAAUUUAUAAGUACUGUAUUUAGGGAAUUUUUUUUAAUAAUUAGAGUAUUCUGGGAUUUUUUCCUGUUUAGGAACCACAUGUUUCCCCCCACAGUGCUUUGUGCCAACUUUUCUUCUCUUCCUUUGGUCUAAUCGAUUCCCAAAUAGUCUUGAUAGAGAACUGGUCCAGAGUUUUGCCUUCCCACUUGACUUUGGUACUUAUCACAUUCAGCCUAUAGAGGACCCAGGACCUAAGCUUGAGGAGCUUCCUCCACAACUAAGAUCCUGCUUGCGUUAAUGGCAAAGUUCAUAGCAGUCAAAAUCGGGAUUUUACGUAAAAUCGGAAUCGUAAAAUCUAAUCAUAAAAUCGUAGGAUUCUAAGUUCUAUAUAAAAAUAAAGAUGAAAUAAUAUUAACAAUAAAAAUUAUGAAUAACACAACACAUAACAAUUACAAUGAUAAUUUCUCAAGGUUAAUGUUGGGAAAUGGUGAAUCGAUGAUGAUUGAUACAAUAUUGAUGUGAAUUAAUGAUGGUCUAUGGUGGUUAGUGUGCGAGAACUAGAUGAUGAUGAUGGUGGAGGAGAAGAAAAAGAGGCGUAAUUUUGCGAAUUCUGGAGAAAAAAUGUAAAAUUAACCCAAGAUUUGAAUCGUAAAAUCAUAAGAUUUUCAAGAUUUUAAGGAUUUAUAGCAUGGAUAGUGUAAGAUUUUUAUAGUAAAAUCAUAAUCGGAAA